AUGGAAAAUGAUGAAAAUCACAUAAUAGCAGAUGAUCGCAUUGCUCAACACAAUGGUCGCUUCAACGAGUUGCAAGUGUCGAGGGCGAGUCUGGAAGCCGAAUUGGAAAUGCAACGACAAAUCGCUACCGAGACGAAGAGGGAAUUCGAUAAGUUCAUGCAGUCCUUCUACAAGAAAGGUGAAGAAGCGCAAAAGGCUCGAUCGGCUCUUGUGGAAAUUGAGAAGAAACUCCUGAGCAACAACGAGAUGGUGUUACAGCAGCAGAACAGGAUUGCCAGUUUGGAGGUCGCCAAUCGUGUGCUUAGCGAAGAUACGGACCAUGCUCGGUCGACGAUCGCUCGACUUGAAGGAGAACUGAAAGUGCACCAGGAAAUGGCAAAAACACACGAGACUUUGAUCUCGGUUCUUGGCGAUGCUGAACGACGACUACAAUUAGGAGAAGAUUUAAAGAUUACGCGGCUCGAAUCGCUCCUGGAGAGCACAACCAUUGAACGGGAUCAAUUGCGAGUCACCAAUCAAAAUCUCUCCGACCAAUUGACGCACGCCUCCAGAUUGAGCAGUGAAGCCGAGAAACGCCUAUCCGGUGAACGCGAUCAUCUAAUGGCCAAACUCAACGAGACCCAGGCGGCCAACAAGGAGAUCGAGGACGAAAUGGUCAAUCUGCGUGCAAAGUUGGACGUCGCUCAGAAACAAGCUGCUUUGUAUGAGUCAUCGAAUGUUGCUCAUAAUCCGGAGCGUCUAGCCAAUCGAAACACUUACUUGGAGACACAAGUUGAAGAACUUCGUGUACAACUGGCCGAAAGUGAUGCAAAGUUGAAGAGACGGGAGCAAGAGUUGGCUCAAUUGUCGACCACUUCGGACAGCGUGGAAGCCUCAUUGCGACAACACACCGAGAACUCAUCGCAAACGAUCAGCCAACUCAACAGCUUGUUGAGAAAAGCCGAACAAAGAAAUGUGGAGCUGACGAGCGAUUUGGCGGUUGCACGAGACGAACUGCAACGGGAAUCCGAGAAUUUCACCGCACGUGAGGCACAAUGGAACAACGAUAAAACGACGCUUGAGCAAAGAAUUGCGAUCAUCGAAGUUCAAUUGGCCAACUCUGAAUCAGUGAAAGAAGACACGCAACGCCGUUUGAAUGAGGCCCGCAGUGAGAAUACGCAAGACAAGGAGAAAGUCAAUGAACUCGAGCAAAACAUCAAUCAACUGCAAAUCGAUCGUGAUGGUCUUGAAGUGAAUUUGGAAGGCUUGCGCACGCAGCUCAGCCAUACCACUAUUGAAUUACAGAAUGCGAAUGCUCGAGUUGUCGAAGAAGCGCGGGCACGAGAAGCCGCCGUUGAUGCCGAGAAAACGCGACAAAAAGACGCCGAAGAAAAGAUCCGAAGGGCUGAGGAAAAUCUCUUGGUGGCGCAAUCAAGGACUGAAGAGCUUGUUCAACACAUUGCCAAUUUGUCCAAUGAACUGAGCGUUAGAGAAGCUCAACUUUCUGGUCAAGCAACUGAGGGGGUCGGUGUCAUUUCGGAAGGAAGUGUUCAAUCUCUGCAUCAAGUCCUUCGUUUCUUGCGCGAGGAAAAAGAAAAGGCUCAAGAACGCUUGAUGCAAGCGGAGAUUGACGAGAAACGAAAAGCGAUUGAGUCAGAAGAGCUUCGAGUUGAAAAGAACCGCAUCGCUGAAACACUGCGGCAACGAGAGGCCGAAGCCGAACAAAACAAAGCAGCAUUGGCACAAAGGAGUGAAUUGAUCACCCGCCUUCAAAAGAUGGCAAGCAUUGCUAAAGAAAAUACGAUGCUGAAAGGGGAAAAGGAGAAGCUCACCACUGCAUAUUCACAAUUGAACAACAAGGCUAUAACACUCGAUCGUCAAGUGGCUCAACUACAAGAGGACAAGGCAAAGGCUGAACAAAAUGCCGCCUCAGCGACAGCUCUCGCCGAAGCUCGACAAGCCGAAUUGGAGGUGUCAAGGAAGAAGAUCGGUGAGACGGCUCAACAGAAGAUCAACAAUAUGAUGAAAGCGGUUGAGGAAGCACGAGCUAGAGCCGAGAAGUUUGUCGCCGAAAAAGAUGCCGAAACACUGAAGGUCCAAGAAGUCGUUCAACAAGCAGCCGGCAAAGACAAAACUAUCAAAACACUCGAACUCAAAGUGAAAGACACCGAGAAUCGUCAUCAACAAGUCGUCGCAUUGGCAAAAAGUUUGAGAGAUCAGCGAGACAAGCUCAAGCAACAAGUCGAUGGAAAGACCCCAAUAGAACCGGUGCAAAACGAGUCGAUGCAAAAGAAACAGGAGGAAAUUCAACAGUUGCAAGAACAGGUCAACGAUUUGACGCAGAAGCUCGAGGCCGAGGUUGCCAAGGCUAAAGCGCUCCAUGAACAAGCUGAGGAAGAGAAGAACGAAGCCUCAUUCCGAUCGACUGCCAUGUCAAACAUGGUCAAGAAAACCCAAGAUAGGCUGACGAGUCUCACCAAGGAACUUGAAGCAGAAAAGGAAGCCCAUGCGAGAACUCGAGCCGAAGCAGCGCUCCAACAGGCCGCCGUUCAGCCAUCGUCAUCGCAUCCCGUUGAGCUCCCGCCAGCACCAACUCCUGUCAUCUCGCAAUCAUCUGUCAUCGUCCCUUCUGUGCCCACUCCGACAAGUGCUUCUGGUACAACUUCCACCGUUCAACACAUGACUGAGACUGUGCCACAUGUCCCCAGCUCAUCGGUGACUCGUCAAACGGACGCCCAUCCGACCGUCCCAUCAGCACAGCAAUCGAUCUUCUCGCCAUUUUCUAAUCAACCAUCCACAUUCCGCACUACUCCAUCAUCUGCUGUUUUUGGAUCAACGACUCUUUUUCAGGCUCAAACAUCUUCAAAUCUUUUGCCAACAUCAUCUUCCACUGUUACCGUAAGUGCUCCGCAAUCGUCAAGCCCUACCCCAUCAGUUCCGAUGGUAGCUUCAUUCUUCGGCACUCGCCCGGCCACCAUUCCAAAUAGAGGUUCCUCGUCUUUUACAUUCGCCUCUUCAGCUGCGCCAGCAGACCCAGCACCGGCUAUCUCGACAUUUUCUUCAUUUGCCACCACAACCACAACCAAGCCCGUCAUUUCGAUCGGUGAAAGCAGCCACUUGUCGGCCACUCAGCCUCAACCAGAUAGCCGUGCGCAAGAGGAAAGCUCUGUCGUCCUAGUUGAAGAAGAUUUACUUCCUCCAACGGACGGCGUUUCACAAGACGGUCUCCUCUCGGCGAUCACUUCAUCUAGUGGCGAGGGUGUUGGCGGAAGAAAGCGAACAGCUACAGGAAAUGAAACAGACAACGAAGCAAAGCGUCAGCGCGAAAGCCCCGGUGAAGAGCAAAUCACAAGCAGUGAACGAUUGCACGACGAGGCAGAGGUGACGGUGUUGCUUGACGAGGACGUCUCAAAUGAAGCGCUUGAAGAAAUCCCAGGGGAAGAUGAGGAUUUGGGAGAUCACGAUGACGAGGAUUUGGAAGGAUUGGAAGAGGAGGGAGAAAUUGGGGAAAUGGAAGAGGGAAACGACGAUGGACUGCCGGAAGUGAUUGACAACUUUGAAGAUGACGAUGAUGAUAUUCAGGAAGUCCCAGACCACCCACUCCAACAUCAACGAAUGCAGCGUCAGGGCACACCAAGUGAUGACGAUAUUCAAGUGCUUUCCUCGGACACUGAUGAAGGAGAUGGGGCAACUGACUCAGAAGAUGAUCAAGGCAUUGGCCGAAUGGACGAGGAACAAGGGGAUGAAGAAGAGGCCGAAGAUUUCGACUACGGUGAGGGAGCCGAGGACUUGGAUGAUGAAGAGGCGGCUGUGGAUUUUGUGGAUGAUGAUGGUGAAGCGGAAGUAAUUCAAGGAAUCGAUCAAAGCGAUCACGAUGCUGGUGGUGAUGUUGAUGAGCAGACACAAGAUGCUGAAAACGUUGGCGACGAUUUGGGAGAUCUUGGCGAGGAAAGAGAAGCCGCAUCGGCGAUGGAAGAAGCAGACGAUGAGAGGGAAGAUGGUGAGAAGUCGAUGCGUGCUGCUGAAGACGAGGGAAUUGCUGGAGAAGAAGAAAGUGACACAUAUUCGCAGCCAUCUCAAUCCUCGUCCACCGCCACUUCACAUGCUGGUCGACAAGCGCAAAUGCGACGCGCAGCUCGAACUCCAAUCAGCUACGACUUGGUGCCGACAUCUAGCAACGAGUCGACCGAGCCUCAAUCCUCUUCAUCUGGUGUAGCGGCAGCUCAACGGCGUCAACGUCCACCAAUGAGUGCCGGUCUCUACGUGACUCCAAUGAAUCGUCAACAAACGGCACAACGUGGUGGAAUGAUCAGUGGACGAGGACAGCCACAAAUGGCUCGCCGCGGUGGUGCUCCAGGACUAGCACAACGAGCUCGUCGGGGAGGAGGUCGAGGAAUC